AUGACCUUUUUGUUUUCUGGUGUGUUUUUCUUCAAACCCUUUAGACAUUAUAAUAACUAUGUCAGAUUUGGCAAAGAGGAGAAGAUUCCCGAUGUACCAUACUAUAUUCGGGUGACUCCACGAGAAACUAACCAACUAAUGACAUGUGCUCGGCCACCUAGGUAAGUGUAUCAUGAGACACAGAAUGACUGACCAUAAUCCUAUAAGGUUAUCCAAAUAAACCUUCAGUGUCCUCAGUAAACCAAUACCCUGGUUCUCUCACUGGCUGUCUGUGUACACAGGAAACCAAUGAGAGACGAACCACAGAUAGAGAAAGCUGUCAAUGUUCUUUCUAAGCCAACAUCACAAAUCUCAAAUUGAAUUAUUUAAUCAUUACAAUACAACCCAAAUAGCAAUGCAUAAUAUCUAAUGGCUUCUUGUAUCAUCUCCUAAACACACUCUGUUAUUCCAGAGAUAUAACAUCAAUUUAUUAAUGACCUUUUUGUUUUCUGGUGUGUUUUUCUUCAAACCCUUUAGACAUUAUAAUAACUAUGUCAGAUUUGGCAAAGAGGAGAAGAUUCCCGAUGUACCAUACUAUAUUCGGGUGACUCCACGAGAAACUAACCAACUAAUGACAUAUGCUCGGCCACCUAGGUAAGUGUAUCAUGAGACACAGAAUGACCGACCAUAAUCCUAUAAGGUUAUCCAAAUAAACCUUCAGUGUCCUCAGUAAACCAAUACCCUGGUUCUCUUACUGGCUGGCUGUGUACACAGGAAACCAAUGAGAGAAGAACCACAGAUACAGUGAUCACAAAUCACUGAGGAGUACUACAGAAAGUGACUUACCAGGCAUUACCUAAUUUCUAUAAGAUAUGUAUUUUAAUAUAAACAGAAGCUUUAAUGGUACAAAGUAAACUAUUUACUGGAAUUACUGUAACCAGAAUGUAAUGUGCGUAACAUAAAUGAUCUGAUAGGGUCACUAUAAGCUGUGCAAUAAUGACUGAUAGAUAACGAGUGAUAGGGUAGCUGAUGGACUGAAAGUAAGAGGAAAGCUGAAGAGGAAUAAGAUAAGUGACAAAAUGGGCUGAUGGAUGGAAAGGGAGAAAAGGAUAUAAUUGUUACAACUGUAUUUUAACUUUUCCUAUUUUUUAAUUGCAGAGACCAAUUCCUAUUCUCUAAGGUAAAGCCUACAUUACGUCCAAAACAAUAUAAAACAACUAAAAAGGCUACAAAUGUCCAAGAAAAAGAAGUAGACAAAAAAGAACUGGAAAAUGAAAAAAAGUAUUCUGCAGAGUAUUGUAAACACAAUAUUAUUCCACAGCCUGAAGCGGUCACAAGUGUAGAGGAUAUUCCCUGUCACUUGCUGCAGGCAAGGUCUCUAGAGCCUACAGAGGUUAUCACACAUCUAGAAGACAACACUUCUCUAGAAUGCCCUGUUUCUACUAUUGAACCUCAUUCAAGUGGAUUGACAGAGGAGUUGCCAGUAAACCUUGGUCAGCCACAGUCCACUUUACAUUGUCCACCUGAGUCUGCAAAUCUAGAUUCUCAGAACCCAGUUACAGUUAUUUUACUACAGUCCAGCUUUCUAGAGCCUACAGAGGUUAUCACACAUCUAGAAGACAACACUUCUCUAGAAUGUCCUGUUACUACUAUCGAACCUCAUACAAGUGGAUUAACAGAGGAGUUGCCAGUAAACCUUGGUCAGCCACAGUCCACUUUAGGUUGUCCAUGUGAGCCUACAAAUCUAGAUUCUCAGAACCCAGUUACAGCUAUUUUACUACAGCCUACCUCUCUAGAGCCUACAGAGGUUAUCACACAUCUAGAAGACAACACUUCUCUAGAAUGCCCUGUUACUACUAUCGGACCUCAUACAAGUGGAUUGAUAGAGGAGUUGCCAGUAAACCUUGGUCAGCAACAGUCCACUUCGGAUUGUCAACCUGAGCCUAUGAACCAAGAUUCCCGGGAGGCUGUCAAAGAUCAAGAUCCAGGUAUUCUGUUAGUGGGCCCAGUUUGUCAUGCCAAAUCAGGCACUAGUGAAAUGUCAGAGGAGCUGCCAGUAAACCUUGGUCAGCCACAAUCCACUUUGGAUUGUCAACCUGAGCCUAUGAAUCUACAUUCUCGGGAGGCUGUCAAAGAUCAAGAUCCAGGUAUUCUUCUAGUGGGCCCAGUUUGUCCUGCCAAAUCAAGCACUGGUGAAAUGUUAGAGGAGCUACCAGUAAGCUCUGACAUUGUGAGUUAUCACUCCAAAACUACUUUGGAUUGCCCCACUGUUCAGCCAGAGGGGUUGCUUCUAUUCAAUCAAAAGGUUACGCUUGAGCAGGAACAAAGUGAGAUGAAGAAUAAUCAGCCAGGAAAACAUGUGUGUCUGAGAAGUGACCAUGAAGAGCAGCCAUUGCCAGAAGACAAAGAAAAAGAGCCACCUGGUGAGGCUGAUAUAGUUGAAAAGAAAAGUCAAGACCUUCCAGUACCUGUACUCCAAGAGAAGAAAAAUAUUGAAUCAAAGGUGGAAAGGAUACACUACGACAGGGAAUCUUUACUUAAAUUCAAAUCUAUAACACAAGAGCCAAGGGAUUUGUCUGAGAUUGCAAAACUCUACCAAGGUAUGCUCAUUAGACCUCACCUUCGACCAGUAGAUCCAUCACAAUUUACCAACAGGAAAUGUACACCUCUAACUGCAAAUUUCAUCCACCCUGCUAAGGAUAAUUACAGACUGCCAUGUGGAAUGGGCCAAAUGAGGUCUCCGCAAGCUCCUGGUACAGAACUUCGCAAAAUCCUUCAAGUAAGUGAGAAUGUAAAACCGCAUACAUCUGAAAAGGCUUGGAAACCUCCCAUGAAAAGAGCAAAUGAAGAUCACACUCUUGCCAAGGCUCAAGAAUUGGUUCGCAAAGUUCGCAGCAUUCUUAAUAAAAUCACACCUCAGACAUUCCAGCACUUAACCAAGCAGGUGAAAGACCUCUCUAUACAUACAGAAUAUCAACUGAAAGGUGUUGUAGAAGUCAUAUUUGAAAAAGCAGUAGCAGAGCCACAUUUUGCUGUUGUAUACGCCAGCAUGUGCAACUGGCUAAUGAUGCUUGAGGUCCCAACGGAAGACAACCCUGAAGAAAGCAUUACAUUCCGUAGGCUGCUAAUAAGACUCUGCCAGAAGGAGUUUGAGAGAGUUGAAAAUGGGAAUGAAAGAACUGAGAAACUGCAAAAGGAACUGGAUGCUGCCACGUCACCGAGAGAAAAGGCCCUACUAAAAGAAGAAUUAAGUGAUGCUUGUAAUAAAGCACGCAGGCGAUACCAAGGAAACAUCAAAUUUAUUGGGGAGCUAUUUAAAUUAAAAUUACUCUCAGAGGACACCAUGAAAGACUGCCUAAUGAAACUACUAAACAGGAACAGCGAGGAGUCAUUGGAAUGUAUCUGCAUUUUGCUCACUACAACUGGAAAAUCCUUGGAAAAUGGACAGUGUCGCUUGGACAACUAUAUCAGCAAGAUUGACAUCUUUAUUAAAAACCAGAAAACCUCUUCGCGGAUUCGGUUUUUGGUGCAGGAUAUGAUGGAAUUAAGAAAAAAUAACUGGGUAACUCGACAUAAAUCCCAGGGACCGAAAACAAUAGAGCAAAUUCAUAAAGAGGUAGAACUGGAAUCUAGACGAAAAGAGCAGUGA